AUGACGGAUAGUUACUGCUUGGUGAGUAAGAUGUUAUUUGCAAAAUACAAUGGUAAUGUGCCCGCUACAGCAUCUGCUUGGUGGAAGGACCUGAAUAGUCAGUGUUACGGGGGUCAACAUGGCGCGUGGUUCGAUACUGGGCUGCUUAGACGCUUGGGGGAAGGGGAUUCUGUUCUCUUUUGGAAAGAUGUCUGGAUCGGGGAAGAACCGUUGCGUGAUAGAUACGAUGCACUUUAUUGUGCUUCUGCUCAACAGGACAAUCUGGUUCGGGAUUGCGGAACUUGGGUCGCAGGGGAAUGGAAUUGGGAAUUCAAUUGGAAUCGGUUUCUGUCAAGGCAGGAGGAGGACCUACUGGUGAAUCUGAGGAUUGUGGUCAGCGCUUUUUCACCUUCGCGGGGCAGAGCAGAUUAUUGGGCAUGGUCAAAUGAGGUGUCCGGAAGUUAUACCGUAAAAUCUGCUUACGAUGUUCUACAUAAACAGGUUCAGCCGGUAGAGGGAGGAAUAUUUAAGGACUUGUGGGCUGUUAGGGCUCCCUCUAACGCUUUGGCUCUUGCGUGGAGAGCCAUUUUGGGUAGGAUACCAACCAGAGAUAAUUUGAGACAGCGAAAUGUCCUAACAGAAACUUCUGAUUUAUCCUGCCCCUUCUGCCUGCACUCAAUUGAGAGCAUUCCUCACCUUUUCUUUUCCUGCAAUCUAUCUUGGAGGGUCUGGAUGUUUAUGUAUAAUUGGUGCGGAGUUUCUUCUGUUUUACCGCAGGACUACGCUGCGAACUUCAUGCAAUUCUUGCAGGGAUAUGGAAAUCAGAGAUGGAGGCAGGGUGCUUGGGCCAUAUGGAUUGCAGCAAUUAAUGUCAUCUGGUAUAGUAGGAAUGCACUGGUAUUCAAGGAUGAAGAAGUUAAUAUUCAAAAGGUGUUAGACUUGAUUCAAUUAAAGUCUUGGUCCUGGCUAAAAGCCAAGAUAAAGGGAUUCUCGUACACACUGUUUGAAUGGCAAUCUCACCCAAUGCUAUGCUUGGAGGUUAUUUGA